UCUAUUCCCAAAAAUGGACAAAGCUGUGCCCUGGAAUGAGUAUGGUCCCACCCUGCUGGUGACUCCACGCCCAUGGAUCAUCUAUAACAGUCUAAGCACACGUUCCUGUUCAAAUGUCACAACGGCAAAGGUUUUUGAAGUCCAGCAUGACAACCAAAGGUACCGUCCAUUCAUUCGUGCGGACUCCAACGGUCUCGCCGAGUUGCGCAACGCACCUAGCAAAUUCCCCAUUGAGUGCCGUGCUCUUCAGUCACUACCAGACUGCUCUACCGUGGUGCACACCACAGGCAUGCAUGCGUGCACACUCAGUGGAACUGCCUUCGCUCUGGGGUUGUAGUGUGUCUAGGACACGGUUUCCACUCCGCAGCUGCCCUUGUUCGCUGAAUACAGGAGGGAAGAGCGGUAGAGUAGGCAGCUGCUGUAUUUCUAUUGGAGCACUGAGCCAGUUUAGUUUCAUUUUCUGAGCCUGCUUGCUGAAUGAAUGGGGCAAGGCCCUGGACCCGGGUCAAAACCAAACCAUGAGAAGUACUGGUUUUGACUGCGACUUCUCCUACUGCUACAUUCCUCAUAUAAGGUUUGAGUGGGACAAACUUCUGGAGAAUGUGCACUGUUUGAUCAUAAGUGUGACAAAGACUGACAAGCAGGAAGCUUAUAUACUCAGUGAGAGUAGCAUGUUUGUCUCCAAGAGACGUUUCAUUUUGAAGACCUGUGGAACCACCCUCUUACUGCAAGCACUGGUGCCCCUGCUGGAACUGGCCCGAGAGUACUGCGGUUUUGAUGCCAUCGAGGAGGGGUCAGAGGUUCUAACGCCAUCUCGUCACUGUCCGCAGAAUUUCUUCUAUUCUCGCAAGAACUUCAUGAAACCCACCCACCAGGAGUUCCCCCAUCGGAACUUCCAGGAGGAAGUGGAGUUUCUCAGCCAGAUUUUCCCGAAUGGAGCCGCGUACUGUAUGGGGCGUUUGAAUUCUGAUUGCUGGUAUCUGUUUACUCUGGAUUUGCCUGAGUUCUGGGAAAACAAGCACGCAGAUCAGACGCUAGAAGUUCUGAUGAGUGAUCUUGAUCCAGCAAUUAUGGACCAGUUCUUCAUGAAAGACGGUGUUUCUGCAAAUGAUGUCACUCGUAUGAGUGGAAUUCGUGACCUGAUACCAGGUUCUGUGAUUGACGCCACAAUGUUCAACCCUUGUGGAUACUCAAUGAAUGGAAUGAAGACUGAUGGAACUUACUGGACGAUUCACAUCACUCCAGAGCCGGAGUUCUCCUAUGUCAGCUUCGAAACCAAUCUCUCCCAGACGUCAUACGAUGAUUUGGUUAGGAAGGUUGUGGAUGUCUUUAAGCCAGGAAAAUUUGUGACUACCUUGUUUGUUAACCAGAGUUCCAAAUGUCGCAGUGUCUUUUCUUCCGCCCAGAAACUCGAGGGAUACAAGCGACUCGACCGCCAGUUAGCCCAAUUCAACGAUUACAAUUUUGUCUUUACCAGUUACGCCAAGAGCCGCCAGCAGAACCAGCAGAGUUGAGGAUUAAGAAUGAGAAGGAAGCGUAAAAAGAAAUCCGGCUGCGUCUCGGAGUUCGGUCCCUGCGGUCAUGCCUCCACCCUGGCCGGGAGGCCACACCUCCGCUGCCAUCGUUCUUUAGGAUCUCUUGGUUCCGUCAAGGCCACAGGCCCUACUAUUUUAACCUUCAGUUUGAAUCGUAUGCAUUGUUGUACCUAUAACUUAGAUCUCUUGCAUGAGAGCUCUUUUCUCUGUUUAGAUAUUCUAGCUCACUCUUGCUGUGACCUUGAAGUGCAUGUAGAGGAAUUAAACAAGCUCUGUUCCAGGCUGUUCAGCCUCGCCCCUUAUGCCCAGUGCCGUGGUCCCUUCCUGCAGGUGUCCUCCCUCAUUCCCCACAGACAAGGCUUUCGUGCCCACUAGUCCAGGGCCCUGACAUGCUCAGAUGGGUCCACCUUUUAUUAUGUGCUUAUAGUUAAUGAAGACUCUUUCCCCCCCCCCCUCCCCCUCUCUCACUCAUUUCCUGAUUAAUCACUCAGUUACCAGUUUAAUGUGUCCUUGUUUUGUUUUUUUGUCUUCGUGGUUUCUGGGUGAUAUGAAAUGUGUAAGCUUGGGACCAUAAAUGUUUUUUGUCAUGAGAAGUCAACAUUGAAUGAAUACUGUGUAAAAGCACAAUGCCAUACUUUAUGUAAGUGUUGCACUCCCGGAGGAUUGGAUGGAGGCUGUCACCUGGUUGAAUGUAAUCUAGUUGCCUGUGGCUGUAAAUGGCGCUAGGGCUGGAAAAAAAUGCUAAAAUUGGGUCAGAACCCCCCCCCCCCCACACCCUGUCCGUUAUCGUUUUUACCACAGGCUUUGGAUUUGUCCCAGGUGGUGGAAUCUGUUAAGUGAAUAUUUUAAGACCUAACUUUAGGCACUUCAUGGUCAGCAGUCUUGAUACAUGUGCACUUUUAUUGCAAGGCACUUUCUAAAGUAUACCAAUGGGGAAGGCACUGUUUGUUAAAAUGAGAAUUUAUGAAAAUUGGGUUUAAAGACUUGAAUGUGAGUAAUUUACAAAUAAAGGCUGUGCCAGCUGUGAAUGUAGAGCUCCUUAUUUAGCCUAAUGGAGCUUAAUGAUAAAGGGGUCUUUUAUCUGAAUGUCAGUAACUGAGACCCAGUAGUCUUGUAGUGGUGGCAUGGCCCCAAAAAAUGCCCUCUGUCGUCCAAUAUGGUUAGCCAUUGUCUCCCGGCCCAGCGGGUCUCUCCCGUAACAUAACAGUGAGACUGUCCCCGGAACCAUGCUUGGCCGAGUGGUGCUCCUGGCUGCACCAUGUGGCCCUGAAUGGAAAUAAUGAAUCAGACUCUGCUUAGUGCAGUGGUUGCCCAGCAAAGCGUUUCUUUUUUGAAAACAAUAUACAUCAUCUGUCUUUCCCCUCCAUACAGUGUUCGGUAAGCACACAAUAGACGCCCACCAAUCUGAGCAUGCCAGGGUGGUCCCGGAUCAUUCCACACAACUUGCAUAAACUGCCAGUUUAUUAAUUUCAUUGUGCGUUGACAUUUUGCAGUGAAUUGGUCCAAAAUGUGGCUCCAUUGCAGUUUUUCUUUUCUUUUUUGGAGUACCAUCAAUGCCCUUUUGUGAGGGAAAAAUCCUGUGACACUGGUGCAUGUGACUACUAGUGCUGUGCUGCUUGACAGUUUAGUGUGCUGCAGUCUUUUCCUCCUGUGUAAGUAGAUCAAUGUGCUUCACUGUCCGCUUGUUUUAUCAGCUCCACUGUAGACGGCACUGAGUGUGCCAUCUGUAGCGUGGAAGGCGGCCGCUCGACAGUCUGGUUACUAUACAGUUUGUCAUUUGGAGAGCUUUUAUUUGAUAGGAUGUUGAAGGCUGUUGUCUCCAUUGGCUGGUCAGUAAUGUUCAUGAUGCUUCCCCUGCCAGCGAAUGCAGAUUGAUUUUCAAUUGGCUGACAAAUCUGGGGUGGAUAGGAAAGAUUUGACUGCUGUUACUUUAAGACUGAUGGUUGUAGCCUGUGCUGCUUUUCCCCCACUGUUGGGAACUUAUAAAAUCAAGCUAGAUCGGACAGCUCAUUAAAGACCAGAAAAUUGGGCUUCCAAAAAACAUGAUAGAUAUUAUGUGGGCCACUAGAAUAACUUCAGUUAAGGACCGGGCCAAAUUUGACGAUAGAUACAGCAUCCCUCCAGUCCGUCUGUUGUGGCUUUUGGAAUGAUUUUAAACUUAGUGUAUUUUUUUUUUUUUGUGGACCAACCUUUGCCAAGCGAUCCUUACCUGAAAUUCUAUUGGUCUGUGUGGCUGUUAAGUUACAGUCCUAUGUGCUCAGAGCUGUAAAGGCCAGAUUAGUAAUAUGUUCCAGCACUGUUCAAGUAUAAUAGAAACUGUUGGAAGUCGUAUUUUGGUUUGAAGAGCUGCGUAGAUCUGUCGUUGGUUUGGAACAUUGCUUUUUCUUUUAAUUCUAAUUGAUUUAUUUGUUUAUUUUUGCAGUUUAAUGGUAGUGUGAUUAUUAAUUUUUUUUGCACAAACUUUUGUGAGCAAUGCAUUUUUGUUAUCGGACCAAUCCUAUUGUUAUUUUAAUUUUAAAACCAGUGUUCCAAAUGUAACUUCUUUAGAGGCUUAUUCUGUCAUGUAUUUUCCUUGCCUUACCUUUGUAGCCUGUGCUGGGUUUCAUGGGGAAGGGAAAGUCAAAAGGCCUCCCCUAAUAAGAGAGAGGGCGCCGUUGCAGGAUGUGUCAGGAUGUCAUGAAGGGAAAGACUUUGCUGUUGUAAUUCUUUUGCUAUUCUUUGAAUGGUCAAGAUGUGCUAAAUAUAUCUGUAUGAGCUUGAUGCGUUAAUAAAGAAUUGCUCUUUUCUGUGUGA